AUGGAUCACUCCAUGGGCCAAAAUGGGCUUGCUAACGCCAGGUUAUUCGCUGAUCUUUUGAUCAAAUGCGUUGUCCAAUUCGAGCUGAUUCAGGCAGUUGAUUCCAUCCUGUUCUAUACCGGACGCAGUCGGAGUGAAGACCACCGCUUGCUUACGGAGUCUCGUCAGCAGGCUCUUAACCUCUGCCCCAGCUAUGCAUUCUCUUCAGUUGGUGCCACUUUUCCUAUGCCACCUAAUUAUCAGCCACGAUCUCGUCCCUACCCCUCUAGCCAAACUCAUGCUCAGCCUCAGAUAUCCUCUCAGCAACAUUCGCCAGGACUAGUAACAUCGAAAUCAUUUCCAACACAGCAGCAUUCGUUAACUAGUCGAACAGAUAAGUCAGAUGACGGAGACAUCAAUCCCUCUACAAUCUCAUCUCCGCCCUCCCCUCUCCUACUAAAUGAAUCACUUUCAUCUGAGGGACCUGUGACGCUGGACGAACGUGGUAUGUUCGCCUACCUGCUCCCUGAACAAAGAUUGACAUUAGCUCGAUGUCUGGUUGAAUCACACAACUUCGCUAAAAGGUUCAAUUCUGACAAUGAGCAGCGUAAUAUCCUUUGGGAGGCCGGUUAG